ACGAGACGCACAAGAUGGCGGCGGCUCUGGGGUGACCGCAGCCGCGGGGUGGAGGCGCCAUGGCGAAGAAUAAGAAUACAGGCCACAAAGGGUCCUAUGGCUACCAGAAGCUGAAAGAAAGAGAACCAAGAGCUUGCAUCCGAUUCAAAUGUGCGCUCACAAACACCAUCUUAGAUAUCCUGCGUCGGAGACCAGGAUGGGUUGAAGUAAAAGAGGAGGGUGAGUGGGAUUUUUACUGGUGUGAUGUCAGCUGGCUUCGGGAGAAUUUUGACCAUACCUACAUGGAUGAACAUGUUCGCAUAUGCCACUUCCGGAACCACUAUGAGCUGACUCGUAAGAAUUACAUAGUGAAGAACCUGAAGAGGUUUCGGAAGCAGAUAGAGAGAGAGGCAGGAAAGCUGGAGGCAACAAAAUGUGACUUUUUCCCCAAGACCUUUGAGAUGCCAUCAGAGUACCACUUGUUUGUGGAAGAAUUUCGCAAGAAUCCUGGCAUCACCUGGAUUAUGAAACCAGUUGCCAGGUCACAAGGGAGAGGCAUUUUUCUGUUCCGAAAACUCAAGGAUGUCAUUGACUGGAGGAAGGAUGGGGUCCGUACAGAUGAUCAGAAAGAUGAAACUCAAGUAGAGAAUUAUGUAGCUCAGUGCUAUAUUGAAAACCCAUAUUUAAUAGGCGGUCGAAAGUUUGACUUGAGAGUUUAUGUUCUAGUGAUGUCUUACAUCCCGCUGAAGGCCUGGUUAUACCGGGAUGGCUUUGCUCGCUUUUCCAACACACGCUUCACUCUAAGCAGCAUAGAUGAUCAUUAUGUGCAUCUCACCAAUGUAGCAGUGCAGAAGACUGCACCUGACUAUGAUCCAGAGAAGGGCUGCAAGUGGAUGAUUCAGCGGUUCCGACAGUACCUGACUGCUAAGCAUGGGGCAGAAGUGGUGGAGACUCUUUUUGCAGAAAUGGACAACAUUUUCAUCAAGAGCCUACAGAGUGUUCAGAAAGUGAUCAUCAGCGACAAACACUGUUUUGAACUGUAUGGAUACGACAUCCUGAUAGACCAGGAUCUCAAGCCCUGGCUUCUUGAGGUUAAUGCUUCUCCCUCCCUCGCUGCCAGUAGUCAGGAGGACUAUGAGCUCAAGUGUCACCUUCUCAAGGACACUUUGCAUAUUGUGGACAUGGAGGGCAGGCUGACAGGGAAGGAGAAGCGUAUUGGGGGCUUUGACCUGAUGUGGAAUGAUGGUCCGGUCAGUAGAGCAGAAGGGAAUGUGGAUACACCAGUAAAUGGAAGCUUCCUGGCAAACACACAUUUAGGCUACAACAAUGACAGGAAAAAACAGCUGAAGCAGCUCUUCAAACCUCUUCAUACCCAACAGAAAGUUUAAUGCUGAUCCAGAGCAUGAGGCAAGAGAAGUCACUGAGGAUUGAGCUCUUUCACUCCCUCAACCUCAUAUUGUACAGCUGCCAUUCUCAUUUGUCUCUGGACAGUUUCGCUGCCUCAGCAUAUGACUGCUGGCCAUGUCUUGGUUCCUUAGGAUUUUCCCUGCAUGGGAAUAUUAGUUAACAAAUGAAUCCCGUUCAUAAGCCAGAGCAACAAUAGAAGUGCGUUGGCUUUUAACUUGGACAUGAUGCAAUCAGGUAUUUUGGUUAUGUUUUGUUGUGGUUGACCAGUUCUUCAGUAAAGAAUUAAUCUGUUUUGUUCCACAGCGCAGGCUGUAACAAGGCUGUCAACUGGCUACUACAUACAACUAUAGAUCAGCUGUACAUGCCACAUUGCAGACAAAAAGCACUCCUAUCCAUCACUGACUCUGUAUACAUUGCAAUGGAUAUGAAUAAAAUAUUUAAUGCCUCA